CCCUCGUCUUGUACCUGAUCCUAGAGGAAAAGCUUUCAGCCUUUCGUCAUUGAUGUGAAAUUAGAUGUGUGUCUGUCAUAUAUGGCCUUUAUUAUGUUGAGAUACGUUCCUUCUAUGCCUAAUUGGUUAAGAAUUUUUAUCAUGAAUGGAUGUUAAAUUUCGUUACAUGCUUUUUCUGCAUCUAUUGAGAUGACCAUUUGUUUCUUUUUCCAUUCUACUAAUAAAGUGAUGUAUUACGUUGAUUGAUUUGCAUAUGUUGAACCGUCCUUGCACCCCAAGGAACAAUCCUACUUGAUCAUGGUUUAUGAUCCUUUUGAUGUAUUGUUGAAUUCGGUUUGCUAAUAAUUUGUUGAGGAUUUCUGCAUUUAUGUUCAUUGGUAUAUUAGGGGACUGAGCCUAAUGUGAAGUUCCUGUUUGUUUAUGCGUGAGUCCCUCUGCAAGAAACUAAGUGAACGCAGAAAACUGUACCAGCUGAACCAAGCCUCCUAGGAAACUCCAACAUGCACACACGCACAUCCACAAACAUCCAACACCCGCCUCCAUUCACCACUUGUGUCAUGAGCCGCAACCUCAUCCGAUGUUACAACAUUCCACCCGACUCUCAAUUUGUCUUUCUACCACUUCAGAGUAAUUCACAAGCUGUUUCCAACACCCACUUCCACAAGGAAAACUCCAGGUCUCUUUCCAGGUAAAGUGUCGUACUUAUUGGUGUAUUUAUGUACUUUCUAGCCAGUUAGCGUGUGUUGUGUAAAACGGUACCACCACCAUUUUUAUUAGGUUCCUCUCCUUGUUAAAUGUGUGCCUGAUGAAGUUUUUAAUGUUGUGGCCUCCUCCCAUUUUUCCUCCCAUAGGCCCUGUGGUUUUGUUAGACUAUCUUGCAUAGUGUGGUGAUUUUUAGAAUAUGUAUCGUUCCAGCAGAAAGAAUGGUGCUCAGUGGGACUUGUGGUUGACGGUGAGUAACUCUUUCUCGUUUCCAUGGACACCUAAAGCUUCUGAAACUGUCACGGCCCUGUUCGUCAGCAAAUGCUGUUUGGGCCAGCAGUUUUGUCCCCCAAUUAAGAGCAAUCAAUAUUUAUUCAGAGGCAAAUAACAGGCAUUGCAAUAAGCAGUGGUGAGACUGAAGCUAAGACGCCCUGCCUGUCACUCUUCCAGUCCAGAGGGACAGAGAGAGACCAGUGAUGACAGCUGAGGGGGACGGAUACUCACAAAGAAGACAGAGAGCAAGGUCUUCCCUCUGGACCUCAGGGGGUCAGCAUUCCUCUAUCUCAGAUCUUCCCGCAGCCAGAAGUCAGUCUCUGUGCCUGCUGCCCCCACUGCUGCCUCCUCACUCGACUUCCCGAGUUCCCCAGGCUUUCAGAAGCCCAACGGGGAAGCGGUAAUGCAGCCCAGUGGGAGGGGUAGGGCCCUGAGGGAGGCGGGUAGAAGAGCCACAUAAAGGGCCCCGCAGGCAUCGGUCGAGGCGAAGAGGAGCUGCCAGCGUGCCCUGCUUAGGUCUCUUCUUGGUCAAGUCGUCUGCUGCUGCCUUCCUUCUCCUGCAUUUACCCAUCCAACCUUCCAGCGUCCACAGACUAGCUCCUCCAAGGAAUCCGUUCUGCUGCUCCUGCCUCCUCCUCCUGCGGCUGCUUCUUCCUCGUAUGGCUGGCACGCUGGGCGGAGUGCCACGUCCUCCCCUCUGUGACCUGCACGCUCUCGGGCACCCCAGGAAUGAGACUGGAGUGCAACCCGCUUCUGGACCGUGAAGAAGGAAAGACUCGUUUUGCUGCCAUCCCUCUCUCGGCGGCUUCCCAGAUCCAGGGGCAAUUCUCCGACCCGUGUUUGAGCUCACCACGCGCCAGUGCCAGGCUAAGACGAACGUAAGCCCCCCACACCCCCAAACCCACCAGGUGUCCUCCGCGCACGUCGGCCUCACAGCUGCACUCAAGGCCCAUCUGCCUCCUGUUCCCGUUUCUCCCUUUCUCUCCACCGUCCUCCUUCUUGGUUCAGAAGGUUCAAGCUGGCCACGCGUAGUGUCCCUGUGUCCCGCCCCCGGGACAGAGCUGAGGAGGCUGAGGCCCGGGAGUCGUGCCUCGGGAUACGCAGGCAGGAGUAGGGCCAUCCUGAGGCCUGAGCCCCCCAGAACUGGCCUGCUCCCCACCUGCAGAGACCGAGACUGAUUCUCCUUGGACCCUGAGGACAGAAAAGGCUUUCCUCUCAGCUCCCCUCUCAGCUGAGCUCCACCUGGAGGGCUCUGGCGGGACAGCCACCGCAGCAGAGACACCCCCGUCCGUCACCUCUGUCCCCCUGGCUCUCCCUUCAAUGCUUGUGGAUUUCAGGUACAAGGACCCUCCCAUCCUGACCGGGGCUGUGACAUUGGCUAGCCAUCCCGAACCUUCGUCACGGGUCCUAGCGGCGAGCCUCCCAGCCUUGCACUGAGCUUACCUGUACAUGGAUGGAUCCGUGCCACCGUGACAGCCCCAAAUUCCCUCCCUUGUCCUUCCCGUAUCAGGACUCAUGCCUCCAUGAGCCCGAAAGCCCUGACGCCACAGGAUGGCCGAAGCUCCCCAGCCCAACUCCACCUUCUCACGCCCAGCCUUCUUCAUACUGACCGGCCUGCCAGGGCUGGGGGGUGCCCAGGCCUGGUUGACACUGGUCUUCGGGCCCAUGUACCUGCUUUCCCUGCUGGGCAACGGAGCCCUGCUGGCGGUGGUGCACGCGGACACCGCACUGCACCAGCCCAUGUUUCUGCUCCUGGCUGUGCUGGCGGCCACGGACCUGGGCUUAGCCACAUCGGUAGCCCCGGGGCUGCUGGCUGUGCUGUGGCUUGGGCCCCGGCCGGUGCCCUACGCCGCAUGCCUGGUCCAGAUGUUCUUCGUCCACGCACUGACUGCUGUGGAAUCUGGCGUGCUGUUGGCCAUGGCCUGUGACCGAGCUGUGGCCGUGGGGCGUCCACUGCACUACCCUGUCCUUGUCACCAAGGCCCGCGUGGGCUAUGCGGCCCUGGCCCUGGCGCUCAAAGCUGUGGCUAUUGUCGUGCCAUUCCCUCUGCUGGUGGCGCGGUUUGGGCACUUCCGAGCCAGGACCAUAGCCCACGCGUACUGUGCGCACAUGGCGGUGGUAGAGCUGGUGGUGGGGGACACCCGGGCCAACAACCUGUAUGGGCUGGCGCUCUCGCUGGCCGUGUCCAGCGUGGAUAUUCUAGGCAUCACCGGCUCUUACGGGCUCAUCGCCCACGCCGUGCUGCGGCUGCCCACCCGGGAAGCCCGGGCCAAGGCCUUCGGUACGUGCAGCUCCCACGUCGGGGUCAUUCUGGCCUUUUACGUGCCCGGUCUCUUCUCCUACCUCACACACCGCUUCGGCCGUCGCACCGUCCCGAAGCCUGUGCACAUCCUGCUCUCUAACGUCUAUUUGCUGCUGCCACCUGCCCUCAACCCUCUCAUCUAUGGGGCCCGCACCAAGCAGAUCAGGGGCCGGCUCCUGGAAACCUUCACACCCAGCAGGAGCCGGUUCUAAGGGGCAGGGAAAGCCGUGGGGCCUGGGGGUGGAGGUGGGGAGAAGUCCAGAGGGUCCCUGGGGGUGCGGAUGACGUCAUCUCUGCCCCACGGUCUGCACACGACUGUGACAAUCGCUCAACAGGUAUUUGCUGGGCAGGGUCUGCCGCGGGCACAGCGGCAUCUGGAGACGGGCCCGUCCAGCUGGGGAGGCGGCAGGAGGCGGGGUACCAAGCGACCAGGCAGAGAAAAUAGGGAUCCGGGAAUUACGGAUUCGAUUUAAAGAAAACUACCCUCCUUCUCUUCCUGCCCCAGCUCCACCCAUCGUGGAAGCCCGAGUCGGCUUUGGUUCCCACACGAACCAGACCGGGGCCUGGGAGUCUGGGGGUGACGCUGCCUCUGGAGGCAGGUGCUUGGGGUCCUGUCUGGGACCACAGCCCUGUAUCCCUGGGGUCAGAUCCUGUCCUGAGGGAAGGAGAUAAACGCUUCCUCCCCCCCUUCUGAGAACCAGGAUAAAGGGCCCUGGAGCCCCACGUGUGUCCAAGACACUGAUCUGUAAGACGCUCUCAGCUCAGAGAAGGUUCUCGGUCUCGGGCUUGAGCCCCAUCCCCCAACCGUCACCACCGGCCAAGGUCGUGGCAGUUAGUGACUAGAAUGUCGCUCCCUGGGCCUGCUGCUUCUGGGAAACCACUGUGGGCACCUGACCUGCUGGCCUGAGGCCCAGCUCAUCAGGGUCUCUUAGCAACCUGCCCUCCGUGUGUCCUCAGCCCAGUACGUAGAACCCCAGAUACAGGCCUCAUCAGCGCCCCGUCUGCGCUGGCCAGGGGCACAAGCAGCACACAAUGGAGGUGCAACGUGACGAAACAGGAACAGUUGGCACUGCUCUGGCCGCCAGAGAACAGAUCCCACAUAGGAAGUGCCAUGGUGGUGCCCGCAUGAGGUUCCCGCCAGCUAAAAGCCUCCAUGCUGCCAGGAGGGGCACUGCCAGCACGACGUCCAGAAGGAGAACAUCCUCAGACAGAAGCAGCGAGUCCCGCUACGAGGUCAGAGAGAGCUACGGGCUGCACACGCGGGCCCAGGCUCUCCGGCACAACGAUCCCAACUGCGGGCACUGGAGUUGGCCCGGAAGCCCGGGGCAGGAAGGACCGCUCGGCGGACAGCUGGACGGAGCACCACGCAGGAGGCCGCAGGCCUGAAGAAGCAAGCGAUGCCACCCCCAGGGCCACGCGGGGUCCCGUCAGAUCCUCAGGAACAGGGACCUGAGGACAGCCCAGGGGCUCUGCAUGCGUUUCAGGGGUGCUGUCACGUCCCAUGAAGCCAAGGGGACGGGGAGGAAACCCUCCGUCCUCCAGCCAGGGUGGCCCAGGCCUUCUCAGGACUCAGCUCUGCCAGGAGGUUCUAAGUUUAAAAGCCCUCCAGGCAAUGAUUUUGCAGAUAACUGUGAUGAAGUACUUUGUGUGUGUGUGGUUUGUUUCUGCUUUUGUUUUUUUAGGGCCGCACCCCCAGCACAUGGAGGU